GACAUUAAUUUUGCAGGUAAUGUUUUGGAGAAGUCAGCGAACCGAACACGGCAAUCGGAAAGACGCCAUGUUUGCUUUGUGCCACAAAGGAGGGUGAAUGGCGGUUCCUUAGUCAAAUCGAGGUUUCAGCGAGAAAAAAAACAGCCAUGGCGAGUGGGUUGUUAUCCCUGAAGUGGAACAACCACCGAAGCACUUUCUUCCAUAUCCUCUCCACUAUUAGGAGCAAGGAAUCCUAUUGUGAUGUGACUAUUGCCUGUGAUGGAAAAUUCUACCCAGUCCACAAACUGGUGUUAUCAACAUGUAGUGAUUACUUUGAACAAAUGUUUGAAAGGACAAACUGUAAACAUCCAAUAAUAGUGUUAAAAGAUAUUAGACAUGAGGAAUUAGAGGCUCUUCUUAAUUAUAUGUAUGUAGGUGAAGUGAAUGUGUUACAAAAUGAACUGGCUGGUUUAAUAAAGGCAGCAGAAUGCCUUAUGAUUAAAGGCCUUGCAGUACCUGAUGAAGCUCCUUCUAAAGAAUAUAAAGAAAGUAAAAGAAUUUCUGGUAUCAGAGAAGAUAGUCCCAUAGCAAAAAGAAGAAAGAGAGAUGAAGAACCAAGACCGUUACCCUCUCAUACUCAAAGAGAAAGUAGAGAGCCCAGCACGGUCAGCUCAAAUCAAUCCCAAAGACAGUCAACUAGUGCCUCUAUACCAACUCCUUCUCCUGCUGCAUCCAGAAUUGCUCCCAUGCCCAUCUCUCCUUCUCCUUCUGUUGGAAGUGCCUCUGAAUCGGUGUCAGAGGAUUGUAGUCAAGGUCACAGUGAAGGCAAUGAACUUCCGAACCUCCCCAAUGCACAAGAAUCAAAGCAUCGGGGAAGUGAGCAGACAUCUAGUCAGUCACAGCAGGCUGUACCUGAGGUAAUAUUAGAUGAGCCUGGUGUUAAAGAAGAGCCUCAAGAAGUUGAUGAGGAAGUAACAGAGACUAAGGAUAUUUUAGAGUCCCAGUUUUCAUUUGACCCACUUACGGAGGGUGAUUCUCGUAAUGAUCCUGGAAGUGGUAGUGGAGGACCUCAGGGAUUUGAUCCUCAGAUGCUUUCCUCUCAACCUCAGUCGAUGGAAGAUUUAGUUGCUCAAGCCAUUCCAGGCUCCUCUGGUUUACAGGGGAACUCUGUUUCCCUAUGGGAGGGAGAUGGAAGUCUCCAAAGCUUUCCUAUGGAAGGCUUUACUGGAGAUGGGUCACGACCUCCCCAGAUGAUGUCAGCCAGACUUGUACCUCCACCUCUUGGCUCAAUUCACCCCAACAAAUUCUACCAGUGUCCUCUCUGCCCAAAGUCCUACGAUUAUCGAGGUUCUCUUGACAUCCAUAUGAGGACCCAUACUGGAGAUGCUCCUUUUGCCUGCCCUCACUGCCCUCUUCGUACUAAGGAUAAAAGUAACCUAAGAAGGCACAUCAGGCGCAGACAUAUUGUCCCGUGACAAUAAGGAAUUUUACAAUUUUAUAUCUCGCUACAAAAGUUGCUGAAAGUUAAUUCAGUGUCUUAUAUGGGGACUUAGGAAGCUUUGAGGUAGAUCAUAUUGAGGGAACCAUAUAAUGAAUUGGCAAAUUAUGAAUAAUACACAGUACUGUAUAAUAAGUAUUACAGUAAUUAUUACUUCAUGUGAAUCAAUUGUCAAAUACCUGUAUAUACUGUAUUAACAUUUAGUUUUGUAUAUUAAAAUUACAUUUAUUAUUUUAACUUUAUUAUGUUGUAUGACUUCAUUGCAUAUUUUGGCUCAACAUAAAGCAUCAGCCUUUUAUUUACAGGAGUAAUACAGUAUUGUAAUUUACAAGUGAAACGGAAAAAAUUGUACAUGCAUUAGUAAAUUUUGUUAUAUAUAUUCUAAUGGAUUAUUAGCUAUUGGAUUAAUAGCAAAGAAAGGCUUAUGAUAAUCUAGUUAAACAAAGACAUUGAUAUAAUUUCAGACAUCAGUUUGUCUGUUUCAGAAUAACCUAAAAAUUUUAUGGUUCUUCAUGAGAAGUUCAGUGAAUCGAGAAGAAAAGUAAUGUUAGACUCGAUAUUACAGUGUAGUAUUAUCUUUGCAUAUUUUGAGUAAUAAAUGAAAUGAUGUGGGUAGACAGACAGUGCAAAUGAUGAUUUAGUACAUGUGUUAUCAUUAUUGCUUGUUUGUUUUUUAUCUCUUGAAUUUAUAUAUUUCCAUGAAUUAUCUUAUUCAAAGGUGGAUAGCAACUAUGUACUGGUACAGUACAUCCUCACCCUAACGAAUUCCUGGAUGCUUCGAACAAAUUGUAUUCAGUACAAAUUGUUCAGUGGGACUUACAAAUGUUCAAUUGAGCGAGGAUUGUUUGUCCAAGCUGUCGCUGAGGCCAUGCGUCAGGAGGUGGCUGUGUUAUCAUCAUCCAUGAUCCAACUAAUCAAAGUGCAAACUAUUGUACAGUGCUCAAAAAUGUGUAAUCAAACUUAUAUGACAAAAUAUUUUACAAAUGAUAUCAUAAAAGACUAAUAUUUAAAAAUAUACGGUACUGUGUACACAGAAGUGUCAAACGUGAUUAUUAUUGUCAUCAUAUGUUACUAAUGUUCAUUACCAAAAUAAACUUUAGUUAAAGUUAAAAUAUUAAUAAAAUAUGUAAAACUUUAACAGCAUUAUGACAGACAGUUAUACAAGUAUUAUUGUUAAACAAUGAUAACUCGAAACUAUACACAAACUUAAAAAAAAAAUGGUUCCAAGCCAUGAGUCGAUACACAUAUUCAAACACCAUUGCUGGUUGGAUGUGUUGGUCAGGGAUAAGAAUAUAAGAAUAAAGGUUACUGCAGAAGGCCUAUUGGCCCAUACGAGGCAGCUCCUAUUUAUAUCAACCCAGUCUCAUUCAUAUAUACGCACAGAAAUUACAAUAGCGUGAUAUAUCAAGUGAACAAAUCCACAAGGGCCCUGAUGAGGGUUCCAACCCAUGCAUGGGAUGACUAAGGCGCAGCUGGUCAAAUAUUGUUUUAAUAUAUACAGCUAUUUGCAUUAAAAACUGAGAGUAUACUUUAUAGUUAAGGAAAGGUAUGUGCCUCUGAAACUAGUAUUUACAGUUGUGAAAUGUUUUAUAAUGGUAUGGUGACAAUAAACAACAAAUAUUAGACAAUAAAUGUUAAUUUUGAAUCAGUGCUCAGGUUACAAACCACUUAGUCAGGUAUAAUAAUUUUAGCAUAUUAAAAGUUCUAGUAACAUUAAUUAAUUACAAGAAUAUGUCAAGUUCUGUUAUAUGAAAUAAAUAUACAACUACCUUAAUAGUAUUUCUGUUCUUUCAAAAUUGCACUUAUUGAGAAACUUACUACAAUGCUGUAGUGCUUGGAUGAAGGUGAUGGAAAGACCCAAUAUAUAUGUAUACAUUUAUUAAAACCAAUUUUUUGGAUGCAACCUUCAUCCUUUCUCAAAGUGGUGUAAACAAAACAAUGUCCUGGCAGUGUAAAUAAUGUCCUAAGAACAUUGUUUACAGGACCUUGAGAUAGGAUAUAGGUUGCACCCAAAAAUUUGUUUUAAAUAGACUUACACGUAUAUUGGGUCUUUCCUUCACCUUUAUUAUAUUUAUUGAUGAUUAGUAGAUUUUAGCUCAGUUCACUAUGCUGCAAGACAAUUCUUUAAUAAUUAUUUUCUCUUGACUAAAAUGGAUUUUGUUAGGAUUUCUAAUUCAGAAAUUUGUACAGUUGUAAUACUGUACAAAAAAAUGCUGAAGGCAGGGGCGUAACCAGAUUGUAAAGUUCGAGGGAGGGAGCCCAUAAAUAAAGAAGCCAUGAUACAUACCAAAUAAUUUUAAACUCAUUAUAGAUUUUUAUUUUGUGUUUAAAAUCAAAAUUAUAGACAGUACAUACUGUAAUUGAAAAUCGAAACUAAUGGAAGUACAUAAUUGCUAUUUUGUAUUUAAAAGGUUUGACAGUAAACUCAUCUCAAAACAUAAUAAAAAGGUGUUAUUACUUAUUUUAAAUGUAAGAUUAAAAUAAAUUAAGCAAUGUGAAAAAUGUGUGAAAGAACAACAUUCUCUUUUGUCUAGGGUUCAUUCCAGUAAAUUUAUCAAUUACUCCAUUAUAAUGCACCUAAGUAGGCAACUCUCUUUCAAUGGAGAGCAAAGCUAACCCAGACAAUCUAUUAUAGAAUGAAGAUAAAACUUUUGUGUUUCAGCUCACUAAAGGUCAGAAACUGUGCUAGGAGCCUAAUGCAGUCUAAUACUAGACGUUCGUCAAUUCUAUCCAGGUGUUUUAUGAGGCAGUUAUGUUCUACAAAGAGUUCAUGAAGCAAUUAUAUAUUUGUCUAUGACACAACAGAGAGUAUCGGCAUGUAACAAGAAUAUGUUAUAAUAAUUAGAUUUGGAGUAAUGAUCCUUGGUUCAACUUUGCCUUUCAGUUAUCAACAAACGAGUUGUGUAAAUGCAUGCUCAUUUUCCUUACAGUACAUGAAAUAUUUUAUUAGCAAUAAUAUACAUAAAUGUGUUCUACCUUCAUUAAUGUCAUGUCUCAGUAAUAGAGUUAUUAGGUAUGAAACUUACAAUUACUGGGAUUGUGACUUAUGUUGUGAAAAAAAAAGAAACUCCACAAGAUCAUUCAGCAUCAGAGAGGAGGUAGUAAUGGUUUGUUUUCGUUCCCCAGAUGCCAGUGGCCACCAAUGCAUCUCAGGAGAUUGAGCAUACAGUUUAAAAUACUGGGAGAUUGAUAAAAUAAAGUAAUGAGUCCAGAAAGUUCUUCCAAGGCCAUGUGAUAAAAAAAAAAUAAGUAUCGAGUUUUUUUUUGCACCAGUGAACUAAAGACUUAAAAAAUGUUCAAAAGGUGCCACUUUUGACAAAUUUGCUCAGGGGAAGCAGUUGCUUUCUUUGCUUCCCCACUAGAUAUGCUACUAGCUGCAGGUCUCAGGUUACAAUUUAAUUUUAUCUGUACAGUGUGAAACAUUACAAUUUAAAUGUAAAACUGCAUAAUGUGUGAUAAGAGUUAAGUACUCUAUAAAAAUAGAAUGAGAAAAGAAAAUAGUAGAUGAAAUUAAAAAAAAUAACCUUAGGUCAAUGAGAAACAAUGAAAAUGAAACUUGAAAUAAAUAAAUAGAAAGAAAUUGGAAUGAGAGUACUGUACACAUUAAUUAAGCAAACAAGAAAAUCAAGGAAGUUAGCAGGGAGGAUAAGAUGGAUGCAAGUUAUUGUAAGUGUGAGCAAGUGUUUAGAGAAUUUGAAUACAUAUAAUACGUAAUUAAGUAUUUUUAAUGUUCUGUAAAUAAUAACUUAUACAAAUAUUGAAAUGUGAUUUGUAUAUUCUAAAUAUCUGUAAAUUCUCACAUUAACUCUUUAUAAUAUACCUUAUACAUGUAUCUUUUUACAAAUGCCUGAUGUUCUAGACAAAUAAAUAUAAUUGAAUUUUACCA